ACUCGCUCAUUGCGCAUCUGCGAUCCAACAGUUGAACGCGUCGCGUCAUCAGUCUGACAGCUUCACACCGAAUCAGGUUGCAGCUGCACUCUGGAGAGCGAGUGUCAAAGCAAUUCGAAUGAAGUUUUGCGCACUUGCUUCUCUAGGUCUUUGGAGAGCUCGCACCUACCCGAGUCACCCUGCCCCAAAACUGAGCACCAUGCUGUCCUGCCAAGAUCUGAGCUUUGCAGGAGGGCAGCGCUACGACUUCUCCGCCUCGACGUCAGUUGACGGUAGUGUUGACGUUUCCACAGCAACGCUCGUCUCCCUCUGGGACGCCGGUCCCCUGGACAACGCUUCCAGCCAGCACGAGCCGCCGCGGCGGGAUGCACUGCCUGUGUCUGAGCAUGGACUGGGACAUCGACCCACCUGGCCUGACCAACUGUCACCAUAGAUUUUAUUUCCCAUAAAGCUCCAAGACACCCUAAUGCAAAGAGAAGAAGAGCUGGCCAGACUGCAAGAAGAGAACAGCAAGCUCAAAGAGUUUUUAAACUCAUCAUAUGUGAAGACUUUAGAGGAAAAAUCUAAGAAACUCCUUUCUAACUGCAAUGUUCCGGAUGGUUCAAGACAUCGAAAAAGAACUCAUGGUGAUUUCCGGAACCUGAGCCAGUUGCUUCAUAGCGGUGAGGGAAAGCGGACAUGCCGCAAUCUUUCUUUGGAGUUCUGCUCCGCUGAAGAGCUGGUGGCCACUCCACCUCUAGACUCAUGGAUACUAGAGACUCUAGGCCUGCAGGACGAGAACACCGUUGACCCAGAACGCAGUUUCAGCACCCCUUCUUUCAGCUGUCCAUUUCCUACAGAAGCUCCUUACUGUACGACAAAUGUAGAUAAUGCAGUCGGCUUCAGCCCUAAUGCCGAGACACGCUGCGAAUACAGCAACAUCGUAGACUCAUCCAGCAACUGCAGUCUGGACACCUCCAGCGGCUACAGCACCUCUCAGAGCUUGGGUUCUGAUUAUUCAACCCUAGACCCCUCAGCUCUCUACACCAUCACAUCUAAAGAGUCACUGGUCAGCUCUCCAUCAGCAAUGACCACCGUGCAACACUUCACACCCCCACGAGCCGCCUCCACUCCAUAUCAUCCCCAGGACGUAAGCCCUGGUCCAUACUACAACACACCAGCCUGUGGUUCCUCCAGUCCACCAGGGGGCGACAGUCAACUUUUCUCCACACCUCGUAUGUCCCGUAGCAGGACAGACUUGGCAUUUAGCAUGUCACUAAGUCCACAAAACAGUGUGAAGACGCACAGUUUCCCUCAAGGACAAGCUUUCACACGCAGAGACGCACAAGGGGGAUGGAACUUCACCUGGGUUCCUAAACAAUGUUCCUAGAGACAUUUUUUAAGGAUUUUGUUGGGAAAAAAAAAAACUUUUUUUUUUUUGCCAUUUUUGAGGAUUGAUAACCCAACUUGCCUCAUAUUUACAAGAAACACAACAACUACACUUCUACGGGUUAUAUAUUAUAUAUUUUGAUAGCUUUGUGAUAUUAAGUCAUGAAUUUAUAUUUUGGUUUUUUAUUCAUUGUGAUUGAAAGGCUUUGAUAUUAGAUGCAGGAUUAUGACUGAAUUCAUUAAAAUCACCCUUUUUACAAAAUAAAUGUUUCCUUUUUUUAAGUUUCAAAUUGUAAAAGAAAACAUAAAGAUUCAACCCUUGAAUUAACAUUGUCACCACCCUUGAUGUUACAACGCUAACUAAUACACAAACACAGCAUAUGUCACUCGCUUUAAGACACCUGGAUUAUAUACAGUUUGCAUAUGUCUUCUAUUGAAAAUAAUAGCUCACCGUAACAGAAUAAUUGUCUCUUUAAUUGUGACCUGACGCAUUACAAGUAUCAACGUGGCGAGUCCCAAAUCUUAUCGUGCUAUGCCGUUAGCCCUAACCUGUCAUUCCCACAGCUGUCCCGCUUUCCUUCCCUCCUUCCCCUAUCACUUUCCCUCCCUCUGUUUCUCUCCGGUACGUCUUCUCCAUUCUCCCGCCACUGCGAGACAAAAGAGAGGGCCGGCCGGUCUCGAGGGAGACUUCCUCCCUGAUCCGCCCCGCAGGUCUGAGACCCCCAUGGGGGUCUUACAUGGGAUACUUACACCCCUCUAUCCCUCCCCUCUGCCUAGCCUCUUACUCUCUGCUCUGCCCUCAGGGAGCUGGGGAUGGCAGGGAAAGUUUGGGCCUGGAGUUAGCCAUGGAGAAGCCAGGGUGAGUGGUCUAUCUCUA